CCCCCCCGCCAGCUCCGCCACCGCCUCCCCGCGAGGCGCCGCUCGGGCCAUUUUGCAGCGCGAUGAAGCGGUGAAGCCGCGGAAGGACCCCGCGCCCCUCACGCGUCCUACAGCCCACCCCACUCUGCGAGCAGCGCCACGGGAAGGGUUCGCAGCCCAGCGGGCAGGGAGACCCGCGCGCACACGCACCGCUUAGCGCCCGCGGCGCGGCGGAGCCAUGAGCUGGGGCACGGAGCUGUGGGAUCAGUUUGACAACUUAGAAAAACACACACAGUGGGGUAUUGAUGUUCUGGAGAAGUACAUCAAGUUUGUCAAAGAAAGAACAGAGAUUGAACUCAGCUAUGCAAAGCAGCUUAGGAAUCUUUCAAAGAAAUACCAACCCAAAAAGAACUCCAAAGAAGAAGAAGAAUACAGGUACACGUCAACUAGAGCCUUCCUAGCCACUUUAAAUGAAAUGAAUGACUAUGCCGGACAGCAUGAGGUCAUUUCAGAGAACAUGACCUCUCUUAUCACUGGAGAGUUAACACGCUAUGUGCAGGAGCUGAAACAAGAGAGGAAAUCGCACUUCCAUGAUGGCAGAAAGGCACAACAGCAUCUUGAAACUUGCUGGAAACAGCUUGAAGCAAGUAAAAGGCGGUUUGAACGGGAUUGCAAAGAAGCUGACCGAGCACAGCAGUAUUUUGAGAAAAUGGAUGCUGACAUCAAUGUUACAAAAGCAGAUGUUGAAAAGGCAAGACAGCAAGCCCAGCUGCGACAUCAAAUGGCAGAAGACAGCAAAGCGGAAUAUUCCUCCACUCUACAGAAGUUCAACAGUGAGCAGCACGACCAUUACUACACACACAUACCAAACAUCUUCCAGAAAAUACAAGAUAUGGAGGAAAGAAGAAUCGUGAGGAUAGGUGAAUCCAUGAAAACUUUCGCAGAGGUCGACCGACAAGUGAUCCCCAUCAUCGGAAAGUGUCUGGAUGAAAUAACGAAGGCUGCAGAAUCGAUCGAUCACAAGAAUGAUUCACAGCUGGUAAUAGAAGCCUUUAAAUCUGGGUUCGAGCCUCCGGGAGAUAUCGAAUUUGAGGACUUCACGCAGCCAAUGAAGCGAACUAUCUCAGAAUCCAGCCUUUCCAACUCCAGAGGGGAUGGGAAGUCUGAGCCGAAGUUUGGUGGCAAGUCCAAGGGCAAGUUAUGGCCAUUCAUCAAGAAAAAUAAGCUUAUGUCCCUUUUAACAUCCCCCCAUCAGCCCCCUCCUCCUCCCCCUGCCUCUGCCUCACCCUCUGCUGUUCCCAACGGCCCCCAGUCUCCCAAGCAGCAAAAGGAACCCCUCUCCCAUCGCUUCAACGAGUUCAUGACCUCCAAACCCAAAAUCCACUGCUUCAGGAGCCUAAAGCGCGGGCAGACACAGUCUUUGUAUAUUCACAAAGAACUCAUGAAGAGGACUUUAGGGACACCCACGUGUGCCAUUGAGGCUAGGGAAUAUGUUCUUUCUCUCAAGCUGAUAACUCUGAAUACACAGGUCUGGAGUCUAAUAGAGGGAGCAGGGCCAGAAGACUUCAGCAACCUCCCACCAGAGCAAAGAAGAAAGAAACUUCAACAAAAAGUUGAUGAACUAAACAAAGACAUUCAGAAGGAGAUGGAUCAAAGAGAUGCCUUAACGAAAAUGAAAGACGUGUAUAUCAAGAACCCACAGAUGGGAGAUGCAGCGAGUGUGGACCACAGAUUAGCAGAGCUUGGACAGAACAUUGAAAAACUACGAUUAGAAGUUCAGAAAUUUGAGGGCUGGCUGGCUGAGGUGGAGGGCAGGUUACCCGCGCGGACGGAACAGGCCCGGCGGCAGAGCGGACUGUACGAAGCCCAGAAUACGUCAACAGUGAACAGCUGUGCUCAGGACCGGGAGAGCAGCCCAGAUGGCAGUUACACGGAAGAGCAAAGUCAGGAGACUGAGAUGAAAGUACCGGCAACAGAUUUUGAUGAUGAAUUUGAUGAUGAAGAACCACUACCCACCAUAGGAACGUGUAAAGCGCUCUAUACAUUUGAAGGUCAGAAUGAAGGAACAAUUUCUGUAGCAGAAGGAGAAAUGCUGUAUGUAAUAGAAGAAGACAAAGGCGAUGGGUGGACACGAAUCCGGAGGAACGAAGAUGAGGAGGGCUAUGUCCCUACGUCGUAUGUUGAAGUCUAUUUGGACAAAAAUGCCAAAGAUGAGUACAAAUCACUUCAGAAAAUCUCUGAGUAGGUUUGCAUAGGCCCUGUCCACCUUUUGUUCUUCUGGUUUGCUGCUACGGUUGUUUUAAGAGAUCUGUGUCAGAAGGUUUUCUUUAGAAGAGAUGAAUGCACAUGUCCUAUCUCCAGCAAUGAAAGACUCUGUUAGAUACCAUUCGCUCAGCUGGUGCCUCUUGAAAUUUCAAUGUGCAUCACUGCCGAUGACAGCACUGGCCCGACUGUGUGAAUUUAGUUGUAAACAGCGUUAUUGUCCUUCCUAGUACAAACGAGAGCCACACGCUCUCAUUCUCUUUGUGAUGCAUGCAGGAAACUGUUACAAAUGCUAUUAAAAAACCCAUACAGACUAAGAAUUGGAUCUGUUGGACGUAAACUUGUGUUUUGGGGCAUACACCAAGCUCUGACCUCUAGGGGACGGGGAAGAAAACGCCUCUGUGCACAUAGGGUGUAGCUUCUUGCAGGGCUUUUCUGCCCCUGUUGAGCGGUGCUGACAGCGGUCGAUAACAGGAACCAGGACUUGGUGGGCGUUUGUGCUCAAGGCUGACCACGCUGUGUUAUUGACUCUGGUACCUCAGAAUCUGCUGGGGAACAAAGCUGUCUUUCACUGCGGGAUGUUCGGAAAUAGUGGGAAACACAAAAGAAUGUGCAUGGAAUAACCAGCUUUAGAUAAACUCUUUCUUGCACCCAACGCAAAUGCUGCGUCGGCUUCUCCCAGCAAGACCGACUGCAUGGGUGACACAAGGAAUAGGGGCUGGUUUGUGAUCUUCAGCCUCCGGAAUACAAGUUCUGGAGCCGUGGGCUGGUAGCCUUUCAGCUCCUUUGCCGCUGUGGGUCUGUUCCUCCUCGCCCCGGUUCUCUCAACAAACCCUUGCAGACAGCUCUGUGGUUCUGUGUUGCAGCGCGGCCGUUGCUUUGCUGUAACCGUUGUGCAGAGCCUUGACUUAUAGAAAUAAAUAAAUAGGUAAAAGUUAACCAUGCUGAUGCACUUUUUAUCUAGGAUAUAUCUGAUUAUUUAAUGCUUGCCAAAUGAUUUAGGAGACAGUAAUUAUAAACUGGACUAUGGCUUUUAAAAUCCUUUUGUUAAAUACUUGCCCUUAGUUCUCCCAGUAUAAAGAAAAUUGUAUAUAACAUAACUUAAAAACUAAAGUUACUUGAAUUUGAAUUGUUUUUAUCCUUUUAUAUAUGUAUAAAUAUAAAUGGUUUUAUAGGCUGUUCUUCUGCAUAACCUAGCUCUUGUUUUGGUAACUGCUCAGUCCCUCUUAUGUUGAUAAGCAUUUUGGGUUACUCACUGCCUGCAUCUGGUUGCACUGGCGUAGAAACUUCUGGUUUGUGUUAAUGUUUGAGAUUUGGCCAGUGUGGUUGUUCCGUUUCUUUUAUUUUUUAAAGAAUCAUCAUCUGUCAGGAAUUUCUUCAUGGCUUCAUGUACCUUCGUGUCUUCUUCUAAUAAACAUUAUAUUUUCUCAUUCCCGUGAGUUUUCUUUUUAAUGGCAUUUCAUUUUAGUUUAACUUUACUAAAGGAGAGCAGAUGGCCCGGAGCUGCUUCCCACACCAAGUACAAAUACAAUUCCUUUUCAGGAAAAAUUUCAUUUUGUCUCUGCGAAAACUUUCUUGUGCUGUCAUUUGGUCUUUUUUUAUGGAAGUGGGUGCAAAGAGGAUCAAGGGGAUCCCCAUCUCUCUCGAGUCUGAGGGAAGUUUGGACUCAUCCUGUAUUCCCUUGGGUACAGCAGCCUCUUUGGCCAAAUCACACCUGGAUUGUGGCUUCACUUGGCCACAGAGAAGGCUUCACACAGGGUGGGUUUAGAGGCUAAGGCUGCUCUCACCUCUUUGCUUCUGGGUUUCCCUUAAGGAUGAAAGGUCUUUGCAGCCUGUUGUGGAAAGCGUAGCCAGUUUGGAUUCAGCUGCAAAAUUCUUUGGUUUUGCUUCUUGCUAUUAUCCUUUGCUAUCGUUCGUGGUCUGUGGAGCUGUCACUGAACAGAUACAGCAAUCCUUCGCAGAAUGAGAAUUGAAAAGCCGUUUGUUUUCUCUAUUGCACUGACAAGAUGCUGGCAGGGUCCUGCUCUGGAGUUUUACAUCUUCCUCCUCCGGAAAGUGGUGUCUCAGUGAUGCUCAUCCCCACCCUGAGGGUGACUGAUUUGAGUGCUGGCAAUGUAUACCUGAUUACAGGCAACUUCCAUAACCCCUUGUCACCUGGUACAUGCUUGGAUGCUGUAUUUCCUUAACCUCUUGCAGGCAGUGCUACUCUUAAGGGAUCCCGUUUUCCUCAUCCUCUUUCUAAUCUGGUCUCUUUCUUUUUGUCUUUCU